AUGCAAUGGGGGUACAGCACCGAGAACGGACCCAAGUAUUGGAUCAACAACUUCCCCAUAGCCGCGGGCAUGCAACAGUCUCCUGUGGACAUCAACUCGACCAAUGUCGAGUUCGACCAGAAGCUCGAGGCCAACCCUCUUUCUGUCAAGUACUUCAUCGAACAGAACAUGGACUUCGAGAACACAGGUUUCUCCGUCAAGGCCAACAUCCGGGAACCGUCGACUAUCUCAGGGGGGCCCCUGGACAGCACGUAUCAACUUGAGCAGUUCCAUCUCCACUGGGGGUCAUGUGACGAGAGGGGGUCGGAGCACACAGUGGAGGGCAAGACAUUCCCAGCCGAGCUUCAUCUCGUCCAUUGGAACCGUGAUAAAUAUUCAAGCUUCGGUGAAGCUGCAGACAAGCAUGAUGGUUUGGCAGUGUUUGGCAUCUUCUUGGAGGUUGGCGCUGAGCAUCCGGGUUUCAAACCUUUAACCGACGGUUUAGAUGCUGUCAAGUUCCGUUCCAAACAUGAACAGGUCAAAGGCCAGUACAACCCCAAAUGUUUCCUCCCAGACACAAUGCCCGAGUACUGGACUUAUCCCGGGUCUCUGACCACGCCCCCCUGCUACGAGAGUGUCACGUGGAUAGUAUUUAAAGAACACAUGGUGGUGUCGGAGAGUCAGUUAAAGGCCCUUCGAAGUCUGUGUUGGGGGGACUGCGACGGCGACUGCAUCGUCGACAACUACAGGCCACCGUGUGAGCUAGGCAGCAGAAAGAUCCGAGCAGCAUUUCAUUACUCCUUGUCUGUUGAAGGACCUGCACACUGGAUCCUGGAGUACCCAAACGCAGGUGGUCGCCACCAGUCUCCUGUUGAUAUUGAAACUGAGUUGGUUGAAUAUGACUCUGUCAUCCAUGAACAUCCACUUAAAAUUGACUUCAAGACGGAGCACGACCCGGAAGCACAGAACAAUGGACACUCCUUUGUAGUUGGAAUUACGGAGGAGUCAACUGUAACUGGCGGAAUCCUCGGGAAGGAGGAAUACAAUUUGAAGCAGUUCCAUUUCCACUGGGGUGGCACCCCCAAUGUCGGCUCUGAACAUACGGUUGAUGGGAAACAUUAUGCCGCAGAGCUUCAUUUCGUGUCCUAUGACCCUAAGAGAUACGGCACAUUUGAGGAAGCUAUUUCCAAGAGGGAUGGCCUGGCGGUGAUUGGAGUUUUCAUCGAGAAAGGGGAAAACGAAAACAAAGAAUUCGAAAAACUGUGCCAGCUGAUGCCGGGGGUUGAGAAAGCGGACACCUGUUGUCUUAUGAAAGACGCUUUUCAUCCUUCUAAACUGCUGCCAUCUGAUACAAGAAAGUACUAUACCUACCCUGGAUCUCUGACCACGCCCCCUUUGUCGGAAUGUGUCACAUGGAUAGUAAUGGCAGAACCCAUCCUAGUGUCUGAACGCCAGCUGAAGAGUCUGAGGUACCUGAAAGAUCCACACGGUGGACACCUUGAAAACAACUUCCGGCCCACCAUGCCUCUUGGAGACAGGGUGGUGAAAGCGUCCUUCAAAUGAUGCGGUGAAUGGAGCGAGAUGGACAUUGGAUCGCAUCUGUUGUUUACGCCAAAUAGAAUCUGUUUCGGUUAUUCUCUUGCACUGAUAAUAUAAAAUUUAUCUACAUGUGCACUAAUCACUACAACUCUAUACCACAUCUAGAACAAACCGCAGAAACUGCACGAGCACUUGUAUCUAUCUGUAAGACGUAAAAGAAUGUAGGUGCUGCUGUUUGUCUCACUCGGACUAAAGAUAAAUGCUGGUCACAUAUUUUCAGACAAAUACAACUUUUGCGAUCUGCAGUGAUCACAUAAUGAAGUGUUCACCAUAUCAUAUGGUUAUGAGACUACGGUUGUUUGUAGAUGUGCAGCCAUAGAAUUAUGUCACAAAUUAUUUUAAAAGAAUGACAACAAUAGUUUGUUUACAUCUUAUUCUUCCUUUCAAUGACCUAUGACUAUGGUGCUUUUUCAGAAGAUAUGUUGCCACGUGCACAUGUACAAUUAGAAAGUGAAAUAAAUCCUUACAGUAUU